CCUUCAUUAAUCUGUUGUGGUUUUUUGUUUGUGUGUUUGCAUUCUUCCUUGCUUUUGUCUUUUUGUUUUUCCUGAUUAUGAUAGAGGAGUAGUCCUAUUCUCUCUUUAGGUAUGUAAAUCAAGGAGUGAAUUCUCAAGAAGACAAAUAUACAUUACCACAUCUGUGGAUUUUCUACCAGUCUCUGCAUUUGUUAGCUCUUAUUAGGUGGCACGAAGCCAAUUACCAUCUUUUGAGAUGGGGUAAUUUUUCCUUUUAUUUUCCAAAUUUCAUGCAAUAUUAAUGUGACCAUGUGAAAAAUUUUAUUCUCAGCCACUGCUAAAGACUGCGUGGAAAAGAGGAAAGAAUGAGGAGGGACAAGGCAGCCAUUGACAUUGGUUACAUUAAGCUUAAAAAUAACUAUUUUUCAGUACUAUAGAGAAACAUAUUUGGUAACAUGAGUGGAUUUUAAGGACAAAUUCAGCAUGCUAUAAUCUGUUAAUAACUUUUCAUCUGUUAGUUGUGUCAGUAUUUUUGAAACCACUAAGUGUAUUACCACCAUUUUUAAUGUUUCAGGUGUUCUUGGUUCAUUCUGAAGAGCUGACCAAUGGAAGAAAUAAGAAUACUCUGUUAUUUAUGAAUCACCCCACAAUAGCUCAGAAUACACUUUGAAUUUGUGUUCUGAGCUUCUAUGUCUUAUAACAGUCUUUAGAAAAGUGUGCCUCAAAUAACAGCAGAUAAUCACCAGGAUGGGAGUGAAUGACUUGUGGCAGAUUCUGGAGCCUGUUAAACAACACGUCCACUUGCACAGUCUUGGUGGGAAAACCGUUGCGGUUGAUCUGAGUCUCUGGGUAUGUGAAGCACAGACAGUCAAAAAAAUGAUUGGGACAGUCAUGAAGCCCCACCUCAGGAACCUAUUUUUUCGUAUCUCAUAUUUAACGCUAAUGGAUGUAAAACUGGUGUUCGUUAUGGAAGGGGAACCCCCAAAGCUGAAAGCUGAUGUCAUAAGUAAGAGGAAUCAGAUUCGGUAUGGACCUUCGGGAAAAACAUGGUCUCAGAAAACAGGGAGAUCACAUUUUAAAUCAGUCUUAAAGGAGUGUCUUGAUAUGCUGGAAUGCUUAGGAAUUCCCUGGGUCCAAGCUGCUGGGGAAGCUGAAGCCAUGUGUGCUUACCUCAAUGCCAGUGGUUAUGUAGAUGGCUGCCUCACCAAUGAUGGAGAUGCUUUCCUUUAUGGGGCCCAAACUGUUUAUAGAAAUUUCACUAUGAAUACCAAGGACCCACAUGUUGACUGUUAUACAAUGUCAUCCAUCAAGAGUAAACUAGGUUUGGAUAGAAAUGCUCUGGUUGGGCUAGCAAUACUACUUGGCUGUGAUUAUCUUCCAAAGGGAGUCCCUGGAGUUGGAAAAGAGCAAGCGCUAAAACUUAUAAAGAUUUUGAAAGGGCAAAGUUUACUUCAGAGGUUUAAUCAGUGGAAUGAAAAAUUUUGUUACUCUAAUUCACAACCAGCAGUUGUUAGCAAACUGGCUCAUUGCUCUGUAUGUUCCCAUCCAGGUUCCCCUAAGGAUCAUGAACGUAAUGGAUGCAAAUUAUGUAAAACUGAUCGAUAUUGUGAGCCACAUGAUUAUGAAUACUGUUGUCCUUGUGAGUGGCACCGAACAGAACAUGAGAGACAACUAAAUGCAGUAGAAAACAGUAUUAAGAAAAAAGCUUGCAGUUGUGAGGGAUUCCCAUUCCAUGAGGUUAUUCAAGAAUUCCUUUUGAACAAGGAUAAAUUGGUGAUGGCAAUCAGGUACCAAAGACCUGAUUUAUUAUUGUUUCAGAGAUUUACUCUUGAAAAAAUGGACUGGCCCAGUCACUAUGCAUGUGAGAAAUUGUUGAUACUGUUGACCCACUAUGACAUGAGAGAAAGAAAGCUCGGUAGAAGGAACUCUAAUCAACUACAGCCACUUCGAAUUGUUAAAAACCGAAUCAGAAAUGGAGUUCAUUGCUUUGAAAUAGAAUGGGAAAAGCCUGAACAUUAUGCUAUAGAAGAUAAACCUGGAGAAUUGGUUUUACAAACAAUAGAAGAAGAAUCAUUGUUUGAAGCAGCUUAUCCUGAGAUUGUUGCUGUUUACCAAAAACAAAAGUCAGAAAUUAAAGGCAAGAAACAAAAAAGCAUGAAAACUAAGUCUAAAGGAAACAAUUUGCCAGAAUCAGAUGAUAUGAUGACUUUUCAAUCACACAUGACUUUAAAACCCACAUGUGAAAUCUUUUCUAAGCAGAAUUCCAAGUUAAAUUUGGAAAUUUCCCCUGAUUCUACAUUACCCCAGGAAUCUACUUCUGUGUCAUUGAAUACCUUGCUUUUACCUGAAGAUGCUCCCUGUUUGAAUACACAAGAACAGUUAAUAUCUUCUCCAAGACCUUUGGCUGUGCAGCAAAUUAAAGCUAUCAGUAAGUCUCUGAUUGCAGACUCUAGUCAACCCAGUACCUCAUCCCAUAAUAUAUCUGCAAUUGCUGAUCUGCACUUGAGCACCAUUGACUGGGAAGGUACUUCUUUUAGUAAUUCUUCAGCUAUCCCAGGGAACACUUUUGCUCAUGGUGUAAAAUCGGAACUUGAAACAGCUAUCCCUGAUAGCUUUAAAAAUAUUACAGAGCAAUUGUCAUGUGAAUCAGAAUUGUGCACUACAAACAUUAAUAAACUGUUCGAUUGGGAUCUUCAAAAGACUGAUCCUGAAGAGCACCUACUUUCUGGCAUUACUGAUUUACAUCUUCAGGAUUUACCUUUAAAGGAACGAAUACAUAUAAAAUCAUCAUAUUCUCAGAAUAAUGUACAACCAGAUGAUGAUCUGAAAACAUUGUCCCUACUUACUGUACAAGAACACUGUAUUGCUAAUAGUAGUUCUGAAUGUCUAUCACAUCUUUCAAAAGAUCUUCUAGGAAUUCAUUUGCAAAAUGAAUCUAGAAACUGUAAAGUCCUAAAAGGAAACCAGCUGUUUCAAGAAAACUAUAAAGCAAAUACUUCUAUACCUUAUUCUGUCAAUAACCCAACAGUAAAGACCUCCAAUGUUAGAACUGGACCACCAAAUACUGCUUUAGAUUAUAGUAGAAAAGUUGAUGUGCAAACCACUCGGAAAACUGUAAUGAAGAAGAGUGUUUGCCUUGACAAACAUUCCUCUGGUGAAGAAAUUAUUCCAGAGUCUGGGAAAGCUAAGUCCACAACUCAAAAAAUGAAGCAGAAUUCUCAGAAACAUAGCCCAGCCCAGUUCAGAAAAAAUGAUGCCAACAAAUUGAGUAACCCUAAAGCACAUAUUAAAGAAACUGAACAGUAUGUCCAGCCUUAUAAAACAGCUGGAAAUGAAGAAACCUGUUUCCAAGAUGCAGCAAAAGGGUCUCUGAGUUUUCUACAGUGUCGUAAGGAAAAAGACAUCUCUGAAGUCCACAGGUAUGCCAAGUGGAAAAAGAUUUGGAAAAUAGAAUGUUUAACCAGAAGAGGAUUAGGAACUUGCUCAGGAUCAUACAGGGGACAUCAUCAAGAAAAUGAAGAGACAACCCACAAAAUGGGAGAAACUAUUUGCAAAUCAUAAAUGUAAUAAAGGGGCUUAUAUCUAGAGGGACUCAUAUAAAGAACACUUACAACUCAAUAGUAAAAAGACAAAAGUGGGUAAAAUAUCUGAAUAGAUAUUUCUUCAAAGAAGAUAUACAAAUGGCCAACAAGUGGAUGAAAACAUUCUCAACAUAAUUAGUCAUCAGAAAAAUGCAAAUCAAAACCACAAAGAGAUGCCACUUAACAACAAAUAAAAUGGCUAGAAUCAAAAAGACAAAUUUAAAAAAGUGUUUGGUGAGGAUGUGAAGAAAUUGGAACCCUCAUAACCUGUUGGUAGGAAUGUAAAAUGGGUCAGCCACUAUGGAGAAAGACUGUUUAACCUCACAUGGUUAAACAUAGUUACCAUAUGAUCCAGCAAAUCCACUCCCAGGUGUGUACCCAAGAGAAAUGAAGACACACCCACACAAAAACUUGUAAACAAAUGUCCAUAAUGGCAUUAUUCACAAUCGCCUAAAAGUGGAAACAACUUAAAUGCCCAUCAACUGAUGAAUGGAUAUACAAAAUGUGGCAUUUCAAUACAACGAAAUAUUGGCAAUAAAAAGAAAUGAAGUGCUGAUACAUAUUACAAUGUGAAGUUUGAAAACAUGCUAUGUGAAAGAGACC